AACCCAACAAAAACAUGCUAUAAAAUGAAUUAUCCAUGAGACUGUGUUUGGAAAAGCAACAAUGGCUCACAAAAUAUUGACACAUGAACAAAUUACACAAGUUUUCUCUUCUCCAUUUUGUUUAUCUAUUUUCUUCCUUUUAAGUGUGUUGAUUGUGUUUAAGCUUGCAAUUAGAAAAUCCAAAACCAAUUUAAAUCAGACUCCAUCUCCACCAAAAUUACCAAUCAUUGGUAAUCUUCAUCAACUAGGCACACUUCCACACCGUUCUCUUAGAGACCUAUCACUCAAAUAUGGCAGCGUGAUGCUUUUGCAAUUCGGACAAAAACAAACUCUAGUGAUUUCAUCAGCAGAUGUAGCCAUGGAAAUGAUGAAAAAUCAUGAUGUAGCUUUUUCAAACCGACCCCAAAAUAUAGCUGCAAAAAUCAUCUUGUACGGGUGUAGCGAAAUUGUUUUCGGACAUUAUGGAGAAAAUUGGAGACAAAAGAGAAAAAUAAGUGUUAUAGAACUUUUGAGCAUGAAAAGUGUACAAUCAUUUGGUGAAAAUAGAAAAGAAGAAGUUGAUGAAUUGGUGAAUAAGCUACGUGAAGUUAGCUCAAAUAAUGCCUGUGUGAAUUUAAGUGACAUGUUUAUUUCAACAGCAAACAAUAUUGUUUGUAAAUGUGCUAUUGGUAAAAAAUAUGAAGACAACAAUGUGAAAGAGUUAUCAAGGAAGAUUUUGCAUUAUUUAUCAGCAUUUCUUGUUGGAGAUUACUUCCCUUUGUUGAGUUGGGUUGAUAAUCUUAGUGGGAAAAUUGGAAAAAUUAAAGAGUCUUUUCAAGAACAAGAUGCUUUGUUUGAUAAGGUUAUUGAAGAGCGUUUGGCAUUAAUGAAGAUAGAAAAUGAUGAAUUCAAGAAGAAAGGGUUUGUUGAUAUUCUCCUUCAACUAAGAGAGGAUGGCAAGCUUGAGUUUGAGCUCUCCAACAAUGAUAUUAAAGGAAUUAUAAAGGACAUGCUUGUGGGAGGAACUGAUACAACAGCAACAACAUUAGAAUGGGCAUUUUCAGAGCUCAUGAGACAUCCAAUCAUAAUGAAGAAAGCACAAGAAGAAAUAAGAAGAGUUGUAGGCCAUAAAUUACAAGUAGAAGAAAGUGACAUCAAUCAAAUGCACUAUUUAAAGUGUGUAGUGAAAGAAACUCUCAGAUUACAUCCUCCUGGUCCUCUUUUGGUUCCUCGAGAAACAAUAUCUAACGUGAAACUGAAAGGGUACGAUAUUCCUGCAAAAACAAUGGUAUAUGUAAACACAUGGGCAAUACAAAGGGACCCUAAAAACUGGGAAAAUCCUGAAGUGUUUAUGCCAGAGAGAUUUCAACACAACCAAGUUGAUUUUAAAGGUCAAGAUUUUCAGUUUAUCCCAUUUGGUUUUGGGAGAAGGGGUUGUCCUGGAAGUAAUUUUGCAUUAGCUGUGGUUAAAUCUGUGCUUGCUAGCCUUCUUUAUUGGUUUGAUUGGAAGCUACCUGAAACAAGUUCAAGUAUGCAACAUGUAGAUAUGAGCGAGGUAUUCGCUCUUGCUCUCACGAAGAAAGAACCACUUCUUGUAGAACCAAUAGCAUUUUCAUUUUAAUGUACUCUCCAAGUCUUUAAUUGUCAAAGUUAGUUGUAGCUUUGAUUAUCUUCUCUUUGUAAGGUCAAAGGUGUUUCGUGUGUUGGAUGCAUAAUAAUUACGAAGUGUUGUUGUUCUCCAUGCAAUAAUAAUGUGGUCAUAUCAUUAUAAUUUCGAAACAAAUCAAAUCGGUCCCUUAAGUUACGUAAGUGAAUGUAAUUUAGUUAUUUCAAGUUAGUUAAGGGUUGAUGAUGUUGCAUUUGAUGUUUACUUAUUUCAAGAUAGUUCUCUUCACACCAUAGCCCUCUUUUCACAUUGUAAUUAAGCCCACAACGCACGCACCACAUUCAUAACAGCUACUCUGCUGUUUCGUAACAUAUAUUAUUACUGCUAAUAUUAUUACAACCGAUAUAAUAUAUAAUCAACAAAUUUAAUUGGAUUAAUCCUUGAGAUCGGAACUCACUU